AUGAAGUCGUUCCUCCUCUCGGUCGGUGCGUUCGCGCUCACAAGCGUGUCAGCAAGAACCUUCAUGAUUCCUCGGAACGCAAGCUCCAAGUCGUUCAUGGGAGGCAACCUCUACUUCCUCCAAGGGCUUUCAGACGAUGCCCAAGACGCGUACAUCGAGGACCUCGCGAACCACGGGGCCAAGGUCGUGCGAGUCUGGGUCAACGAGCAACCCGGUGACAAUACUUGCGUGAAGGGAAGCAAGAUCACCCAGAAAGUGCCAGCCCUGGAAACGACUCUGGGCGAGUACAACAGCGAUACUUUGGAUGCCCUCGACGUGGUCAUCAACAAGCUCGCCCAGAAGGGCAUUAAGUCCCUUAUCUCUCCUCACGACGGCAACUCGCUACUUGGAGACUACAGAAAGGAUGUGUACUUCGACAAAUGGGGGGCGAAAUCCUUUUACACCGACUCCGAUGCUCUCGAUGCGUACAAGAAGAGGAUCGACUACAUCUUCAACUAUCAAGGCAAGACCUCUGGGAAAGUGUGGAAGAAUUGGGGUGAUGCCAUCAUGGCCUUUGACCUCCAGAACGAGCCGAUGAGCGCAGACAACUCUGUCUGCACAGGCGGUGAUACCGGCAAAUGGCUCUGCCAGACCGCGCAGCACAUGCGCGAGACGCUCGGUGCCGACAACCCCAUCAAGAUCGCGACGGGCGGCAUCGGCGGCGACGACUCGCACGGCUGCACCACCCUCUCAGCCGCCACCCAGUGCGACCAGAUCGACCUGAUCGCGGCGCACAAGUACGCCGGGAAGCAGUCCUCCAACCCGUCGCAGUGGUCCAACAGCGCCAGCAACUGGAUUUCAAAGUCCAACGGCAAGCUGGUCUUUGUUGAGGAGUGGGGCGUCAACACCGGCAGCAGCGACCCAACGACCGAGCUCGCGGCCGAGGCCGACGACAUCAACUCCGUCGCCGUCCCGAACCUGUACUGGCAGUUCCUGCCCAAGCAGGACUCAGGCUGCUCGUACGACCCGAAGAACGACAGUGGUGACAAGUUCGGCAUCUAUGUCGAGUCGGACACGGAUAUUGCGGCGGUCAUGAAGCAGUCUUCUGAUGCUGAUGCGAAGCAGGAUUGGUCCGGUAUCAUUGCCUAG